AUGUGUACGCCCAAUACGGGCCGAAACAAGUGUUCACAAAAGCGAAGUGUACGACAGAAACGAACGCAUUGUUCGACACAUGAAUUGAAUCUAUUUCUGGAACUUUCGAAACAAACGGACGAUUCGAAUGACACUCAAAGUCGAGACAGAGUUGGAGUGAACUGUGAAUCCAUCAUAAAACACGUGACCCGAGAGUCGGUGUCUUCGCAGCUGUUGACCACUUGUGGCCGAAGAUAUGGACCGACAAAAGCGCGCAUCCGAUCGAUGGCCACAAUCGGCGCCACUUCUGGCGGUCACUACGGGUGGCGAAGAACCGCAGCGUCGGUCUCGUCGUUGGCUUCGCUGUACUGUUGCUAUCAUUACUUCGGCGCCAAUCGAUGGCCAGAAUCCGGUCGCCGAUGGCUGUCAUCCGCCGUACGGCCCGUUCACUGCCUACUGAUCCGCGACGACAACCACAACAACGGAAACCGGAAUCGCUAUAAGCGGCCGAACACUCCACAAGAGGAUCAGCUCUUCGCGGCCAUCCGUCGCGGCGAUACUCCCGGCGUUCGGCAACUGUUGGCCGACAAGAAGCUGGACGUGAACUGUCGCCACACUCUGGGUUGGAAUCCACUGCUGUUGGCGGCCGUCAACGGGCGGACAGAUGUAUGCGAACUACUUCUGGACGCCGGCGCCGACAUCGAGGCCACCGAUGAGUUCGCUUCGGCGCAGAAGAUGUCCUUCCAGUACGGCCUCAACUAUUUACGAGUGGCUAUGAGUCGCGAACAGGACUUUACGGAUAUACUGUCCACUCGGGUGUCGUUUAGGGGCACAUCUGCUCUGCAUUACGCGGUUCUGGCGAACAGCGCCUCAACUGUGGAUCUAUUGCUAUCGCGCGGCGCCAACCCGUCGGCCGAGAAUGAAAUCGGACACAAACCACACGAUUACUGCAAACUCGACAAUCAAGACCUCCAGAAGACACUGACGGACUCCGAGAAAAAGUUCGCAGAGAUCCAGAAGAAGCGACAAUUAGACGAAAGGCUAAAUCGGCCAUCACGACCCAGCGCCGCCGGUAAGCAGCGUUUCUCUUGCCGACCAUGCUGCUGCUCGUGGGCGAACACUACGAUAAGGACCCGAGCAGGCCGUAGCCCUUCUGUCUUGACCGACGACCCCAACAACGACCGCAAGGGUUUCAUUCGCAUGGAUAUGACUGAAUACCAGGAUAAGCACGAGGUGUCCAAAUUCAUUGGCGCCCCUCCCGGCUAUGUGGGCCACGACGACGGCGGGCAACUGACCAAAGCUCUGCGCGAGUGUCCCAACGCUGUGGUACUGUUCGAUGAGGUGGAGAAGGCCCACAACGAUGUGCUCACCAUUUUGUUGCAACUCUUCGACGAGGGCCGAUUGACGGACGGAAAGGGACAGACAAUUGAGUGCAAAGACGCCAUUUUCAUAAUGACCUCAAACUUGGCCGCCGAUGAGAUCGGAGCGUACGGCCAGUCGUUGAGAAAAGCGGCCGAAGAGGCGGCCAAGAAUCGGCUCGAGAAGGCGUCGUCGUUGGAAACAGUGGACGACGAGACCGAAGAGACGGUUCAAGUGUCUAAAAAGUUCAAAGAGGAGGUGAUUCGGCCGAUACUGAAGCAACACUUCAAACGGGACGAGUUUUUGGGCCGUAUCAACGAAAUGGUAUACUUUUUGCAGUUCUCGCGCAAUGAGUUGAACCAAUUGGUGGCCCGAGAGUUGCAGUAUUGGGCCGACAGAGCGCUGAAGAGACACAAAAUGGAGUUGUCUUGGGAUAAGAGGGUCAUUGGCCUCAUCGCCGACGAGUAUAACGUUCAUUACGGCGCCCGUAGUAUCAAACACGAGGUCGAGCGCCGUAUUAUCAAUAAGAUUGCGUUCGCACACGAGAGUCAACUCAUAACCCCCGGCGCCGGCGUUCACAUCACUGUCGAAGAAAUAACUAUCAAACACGAGGUCGAGCGCCGUAUUAUCAAUAAGAUUGCGUUCGCACACGAGAGUCAACUCAUAACCCCCGGCGCCGGCGUUCACAUCACUGUCGAAGAAGGCUGGGAUGCGGAGGAGGAGGUAGAGGUGCCCACCAAAGCGGCCAACAGUGGCGUCAAGACUAUCGUUGAUGGAGAACCUGUCGAUGGAUUGGAUCCAAUCGAUGCCAUUCCGGGCGAAGGCGAGGGCGAGACCACCGGUGCUGACGAUAAGCCUCCCGUCGAACGCAAAGUCAAGACUUUAGACCAAAAAAUCAAAAUACAAUUAAAGGACAAAAACAGUCGAAAAGAGGAGGUCUUCGUCGAUAUUCCCAUUAAUGAGAAGAUGAAGAGUCGACUAAACGUUCGGAAGUUGUAG